AUGAUCAAACGCCCACGCUGCAUAGCUAUUUGUGCAAGCGGCAAGGCUUGCCCCCAUCUUCGACUGCCCAAACUCUCGUUCUGCCUCUACCACGAGCAUCGCACAACUAUUUGGCCUCCAGCAUACAUCUUCACAAUUCCCCGCCCGAAGACAUUCAAUGCCCAUCAGCAGCCCAGUUCUGCCAGCGAUGCCGGCGGUGGGCUUUCUCCCACAGCUCGCAUGGCCACCCAUCCACCUACUCCUCCCCCUGCCUAUCGUCCUGGUCUUCUUUGCCUAGUCGGCGGCGGCGGCGGCGGUGAACCUACGACGACGGCAGCAGCAGCCAUGACCGUUUGCGCCAGUUGUGCCACAUACUGCCGCGAGCAUCAUGGGAAGUCGCCGGCGACGGCUGCGGGGCCGCCGCCUUACAGCUGGGACUCUGCGGAGGCCGCAGCGGUGCUGCGGGCGUUCACGUCUGCCGAGCUGAUGAACGAGUUGGAAAGUCGGACUGCGCUGGAUGAUAGUGACUAUGAUGGUAGCAUCGACGAUGAUGAGGAGGGCGUUGACUGUGAUAGCGACGAGGGGGAGCUUUGA